UUUGGCAACAUUGUAGGGCUGUCGGCUCCGUAUUUUAAUGCUGCCGCGUGGUGUUUAGCAAAUAAAUGAAAUAAAUUCUUUAAUAAAAAACAAUAAGUGAAAAAGAAUUACCAUUGUUUUUGAGAUAAAAUACCGGUACAAUGUUAGUACUUUUCGAAACCCCUGCGGGGUACGCUAUUUUUAAGUUAUUGGAUGACAAUAAACUGGCAAAAACAGAUAACCUUUAUCAUGAUUUUGAAACACCAGAAUCUGCAGGCAGAGUAGUGAAAUUGAAGCAUUUCGAGAAAUUCGCCGACACAACGGAAGCCUUGGCCGCCACCACAGCGGCAGUCGAGGGAAAAUUGAGCAAAUCGCUGAAGAAGACCUUGAAGAAAUACUGUUCCGAAGUUCAGGAGCAACUGGCCGUUGCGGACGCAAAAUUGGGCAACGCCAUCAAGGACAAAUUGAGUUUAUCCUGCGUGAGCAACACGAACGUCCAGGAGCUGAUGCGAUGCAUCCGCAGUCAGAUGGACAGCCUCCUCGCCGGCUUCCCCAAGAAGGAAAUGACGGCCAUGGCUCUGGGCCUGGCGCACAGUCUCUCCAGAUACAAGUUGAAGUUCUCGCCCGACAAAAUCGACACGAUGAUAAUUCAAGCCGUGUGCCUGCUCGACGACUUGGACAAGGAGUUGAAUAAUUACGUGAUGCGGUGCCGCGAAUGGUACGGAUGGCACUUUCCCGAGCUGGGGAAACUGAUUACCGAUAAUGUCGCUUUCGUCAAGACUGUGAAUGUGAUUGGCACGAGGGAGAAUGCGUCGAGCAGCGAUUUGUCGGAUAUUCUGCCCGAGGAGGUCGAGGAGAAGGUGAAGGAGGCUGCGGAGAUUUCGAUGGGCACGGAGAUAUCUCACGACGAUAUUGUGAAUAUUCAGCAUUUGUGCGAUCAGGUGAUUGAGAUUUCGCAGUACAGAACGCAGUUGUACGACUAUUUAAAGGCGAGAAUGAUGGCGAUGGCGCCGAAUUUGACGGUCCUCGUAGGCGAUUUGGUCGGGGCGAGAUUGAUUUCCCACGCGGGUUCGCUCAUCAACUUAGCGAAGCAUCCGGCGUCUACGGUGCAGAUCCUCGGCGCCGAGAAGGCGCUCUUCAGGGCGCUGAAGACGAAGAAGGACACGCCGAAGUACGGGCUGAUUUAUCACGCGCAGUUGGUUGGUUCGAGCUCAACGAAGAACAAGGGGAAGAUGUCGAGGAUGCUGGCUGCGAAGGCGUCGCUGGCGAUAAGAGUCGACGCCCUGGGGGAGGAUGUGACCUUUGAUUUUGGCGCCGAGCACAAGGCGAAACUCGAGGCGAAGCUGAGAAUUAUGGAGGAGGGGAACUUGAGGAAACUGAGUGGCACUGGAAAGGUGAAGGCGAAAUUCGAAAAGUAUCAGACGAAGAGUGAAAUUGUUCAGUAUCCGACUGCUGCUGAUUCGACUUUGGCGACAACGAAGAGGCGAUUUUCUGAGGCUGAUGAGAAGAAAGUACUUGUUGAGGAAGUAAAGACGGAGGAGGAGGAGGUGCCGAAGAAGAAGAAAAAGAAGGACGACAAGGAAGUUGAAGUUAAGUCUGAGGAAGUUGAGGAAGUCGAGCAGGAAUUUGUAACGCCUAAGAAGAAAAAGAAGAAGGCGAAACAGGAAGCCGAGGGAGAAGCCGAUGUGUCGGUGAAAGUUGAGGAAACUGAGGGAGAAACUUCUGAACCGAAAAAGAAGAAGAAAAAGAAGAAGGACAAAGAUCAGUCUGAAGCCAUGGAAAUGGAAGAAGCAGCAGCUGAAAAAGAAGAAGGAGAAGAAGCAGCGGAAUCUAUGGGCAGUGAAAAGAAGAAAAAGAAAAAGAAGUCAAAAGAGGAAACUGAAGAAUCCGCUGUUCCCGAUGAAUAUUCAGCAACACCUUCGUCUGAAAAGAAAAAGAAGAAGAAAAAGAAACACCAGUCAACCGAAGAUCCCGAUACGUAAAGAGUUAAAUUUCAGUUAUUUAGAAAUAGAAUUUUUAUUCUCAAUUUCAUUAUUGAUAAUGAAAAGAAAAUCCUCAUUUUUUUUAUACAUUUUUACAAAAGAAUUUUUGUAAAUUGUAAAAAAAAUAUCACAAUACGAAUAAGUGUGCGAAAAAAUUAUUCAAGUUACGAUUUUUCAGUAUCUUGUCGAUUUUCCACAAAUAUUGUAAAGUUAUUUCCUUUUUUCUCCGUUUCAACUUCUUUUUAGUUUUAAUUCAAAUAAUUAUAAAAUAAUUAUUUAGGUUUAUUAGUUUUAUUAUUUUUUGGUUAAGCAGAUUUUUACCAAGAUGUAUAGAAAAGGGAAAUAACUAUUUUGAAUACAUGAAAAUGUUGAAAAUAUAUAGUUCUCGACUAGAAAUUAUCGUAAAUAUUAAUCUUUAGUGUCUAUUUUUUAUACAAUUUAUUUUAUUGUAAAAAAAUAUGAAAUAUAUAGAAAAAUUGUAUUAUA